GUUUCUGCCACAAGUUUAGUCAUGUUCGAUAUUCGGGCUCCAGACGAUGUUGUCUGGUGGAUUAUUGCUGCUAUUAUCAACAUGUCUGGGCCGUCUUCCCAGGUUGUGAAUAAAUAUUAGUUUACUGAAACUUCAGCUGAAACUUUGGUUGAUUAUUUAUUUUUAAAUGAUUUUUUGGCUCUGAUAGAAACACCCUUCAGUCUGCAGUUGCAUGGCCCUUGGUGAUGUGCACUGUCUUGAGUAAUUACAUUGUUCUCUUUGUCCUCAACACCCCCCUCAUGUGAGGAGAUUAGCUCAGAGUAAUUUGUCAGAUGUGAUAAGGCAGUGCUUGGAGCAACUAAGAAAGCAUAGCGUAAGCUGGGAUUUCUGCAAAGUAAAGUCAGUGGUGAGUGCAGAGCUGCUUUGUCUUUACAGUAUGGGCCAAGCCGCUGUCCGGACUUGUGGAAGAAGCAAGUCCUAUGUUACAGAGCUGUAUGAAUGGUUCAGAAAGUUUGUUAUCGAGUGUCCAAGUGGGCUAAUCGCUCUUCACGAGUUUCAAAGGCAUUUCUGUGAUGGAACUGUGGGCAGUGAGUCAGCAGAGUAUGCAGAACAGAUUUUCCGCACGCUCGACAGCAAUGGGGAUGGGGUGGUUGACUUCAGAGAGUAUGUCAUGGCCAUCAGCAUGCUUAUUGAAGGUUCAGCUGUUGAGAAACUGCGCUGGUCAUUCAAGCUCUAUGACAAAGACCGAGACGGAGCCAUCUCAAAGGAGGAAAUGCUGGAGAUCAUGCAGGCUGUUUAUAAGAUGAACGUGGCUGCUGGUUUAACCAAACCCAACCCACUUACAGCUGAAGAAUGCACCAGCAGGAUAUUUGUGAGAUUAGAUAAAGACAAUAACGCGAUCAUCAGUCUGGAAGAGUUCAUAGAGGGAGCGCUGGAUGAUAAUUGGAUCAGAGAGAUGCUGGAAUGUGACCCGAGCACCGUGAAGGUGGGGAGGCCGCUGAAGAGGGACACCGCUUUGGAAAACCCACGGUUAAUUUGAAGUGGUUCACUAUUUAGGCACACUGGACCAGC